AUGUGGACCGAUCAAACACAAACCCAGCCACCAGUCCAGCAGCAACCGCCGCAGCAGAUCCAACACAUCUGGGUGGUAACCGGACCGGCCGGGUGCGGGAAGAGCACCGUCGGACGAGGUCUACAGCAGGAACUGGGUGUGCCCUUCCUGGAAGGUGACGAUUUCCACCCAGCAACCAACAAAACCAAAAUGAGCAACGGGAUCCCGCUCACAGACGCCGACAGAUGGGACUGGCUAAUCUCGCUGCGACAAGCAGCAAUCUCGGCGCUAUCGCCGUCCGAAGCGAACGGCUACCGCCCACCGUCAGGAGUGGUGGUCGCGUGCUCGGCGCUGAAGAAGAAGUACCGGGACGUGAUGCGCGUGGCGGCGUACGGGUCGCCGUCGGUGCAGAUCCACUUCAUCUACCUCAAGGUCGACCCCACCAUGCUGCUGCAGCGCGUCACCAACCGCCAGGCCCACUACAUGAAGAGCAGCAUGGUGCAGUCGCAGCUGAUGGAUCUGGAGGAGCCCGUCGGCGAGUGGGAUGCGCUCACCGUCGACGUGCACGCCGGUCAGGUUGAGGUGCUGCAGGAGGUCAUCGCCAUGGUCCGGGAUGCGUUGAUCAAGUAUCAAUGA